AUGGAAACCCCCAUUUCUCCAGCCAGCAGUGCUCAUGAUCACUACCCCCCACAUUUGGAACGUACUCUCCAGGCUGUCAAUUGGAGUGCACUUGCUGCGCUUGCAGUCGACAUUUAUCAAGCCAGUACCUUUACUUGGGGCGCACAGCUUCAUGGUGCUUCCAAUCUUGUUCGCUUCCUCAAACUGUGCAGCAAUGAGGACGUCAAAGUUGUGAUCCGAGUACCAUACACGCUGGAGGAAGGAAUCAACGAGAAGGAGAAGGAACUCUCCAGGCUCGCCAUGGAAAGCGAGGUGGCCACCAUGGAAUAUGUUUCCUCGCAUAGUCACAUCCCCGUUCCCCACGUCAUCGCCUACAGUUCUUCGUCAGAUGGUGGAGGCAUUGGUUUCCCGUAUAUGAAUAUGUCAAAGGCAGACGGAACCCCCUUAUGUUCAGUUUGGAACGAAAUGCAGGCUGAACAAUGCGAAGUCAUGCUGCGACAGGUUGUCGAGAUAAUCCUCCAGCUUUCAUCCUUGCGAUUUGAAAGCAUCGGUGCCAUCUUCAAAAGGAAGGGAGGGACGGACCACUCGUCUUGGAUGACCCUUCCCUUGACAAAGAUCAAUAGUGAUGAAAUAUGGACAAUCUGGCCUGAAGGGGCUGACAAAACUUUCACGAGCGCUUUCGACUACUGGAUCACCUAUGCCACCCGCAACAUCAAACGGAUAGACAGAAAUAACUUCGGUAGCAUGAAAGACUAUGAUUAUGUCUAUGCCUGGUUGCACCGCUCCCUCGUUCCUUCAUUAUACAACACCUCUCUCAACACUAAAGGCUUUCCCAUAAAUCACAGUGAUUUUCAUUCACAGAACAUUCUCAUCAUCGACGCCAACACGCCUUCCCCACGUAUUACUGCCAUCCUUGAUUGGGAAGGCAGUUUCACUGGCCCGACUUCUUCGUUCACGCAGUACCCUCUCUUCAUCGUCGAUCAUCCAUUCUGGGAAGGCGAUCAUCCCAUGAGGCCACGAAAUAAGCAGGAUCAAACAAUGUUCAACCGCCUCAUGCAUGAGGCCGAAGGAAAGCUCGAUCCAGAUGGCGGACUUCCCCUGUCCCAGGCCUUUGAAGCGUCUCAUGGGGUGUAUCUCUUCGAACAGCUUGUGUCGUUUCCAUACUGGAUGGGCGGGCAACUGUUCCAUCCAUUAUUUGAGCAUUUCUUUGGCGAGAAGGAGACCAACCGAGAGGCAUUUUCGUGGGCAUACUACUCUACCAUGAUCAAUGGCCCAUUGAAAGACAAGGCCGAUCAGUUCAAGAAUGAGACAAUUGUGCGGCAGGAGGCUGUGGAGAUCCUGGGAGAAGAUUCAGUUGUCUUCAAGUUGACUAGAUCGCAGUUCAAAUCACUGGCUCUGCAGAACCUCGAUAAAUUUCCGCCUGGAGGGGAAGUCAGGAAGUGGUUGGACUCCAAGUAUGCGAACGAGUAG